AUGGACAAGGGAAGGGAGAGAAUGGCCGCUGCUGCCGCCGCUGCUGCCGCCGCCGCCGCCGCUCAGUGCCGGAGCCCUCGGUGCGCGGCGGAGAGGAGAGGAUUCCGGCGGGAGCUCGACUCCUGGCGCCACCGCCUCAUGCACUGUGUGGGUUUUGAGAGUAUUUUAGAAGGGCUUUAUGGACCACGGCUACGAAGAGACCUCAGUUUAUUUGAAGACUGUGAACCAGAAGAACUGACUGACUGGUCUAUGGAUGAAAAAUGUUCAUUUUGUAACCUACAAAGAGAAGCAGUCAGUGAUUGUGUACCAUCUCUUGAUUCUUCACAGUCAACACCAACAGAGGAGCUAUCAUCUCAGGGCCAGUCCAACACUGAAAAGAUUGAAUGCCAAGCAGAAAAUUACCUAAAUGCACUCUUUCGAAAGAAAGAUCUUCCUCAGAACUGUGAUCCUAACAUUCCCCUAGUUGCUCAGGAAUUAAUGAAAAAGAUGAUACGUCAGUUUGCAAUUGAGUAUAUUUCAAAAAGUGGUAAAAUUCAAGAGAAUAGAAAUGGUUCAAUUGGACCAAGUCUAAUAUGUAAAAGUAUCCAAAUGAAUCAAGUAGAAAACUCCCUUCAGGAAGAACAGGAAGGCCCCUUAGACCUCACUGUGAAUCGAAUGCAAGAACAAAAUACUCAGCAAGGGGAUGGAGUGUUAGAUCUCUCUACAAAGAAAAUCAGCAUAAAAUCUGAAGAGUCAUCCAUAUGUGAUCCUUCUGAAAAUUCAAUGGCUGGUUCAACUGUUGAUGCAAAAUCAGAGGAAGCUACUAAAAUGGAAAAAGGAAAAUCAGCAUUAAGCAAAGUUUUGGAAUCUUUGUGCAUACAUCACCAGCAACAAGUUUUGGCUAUGUUGAAAUUUCUAGUCCAAGAGCAGAAUGCUUCUUCUCUUUGCUGUUGUAAUACAUCUUAUACUGUGUCUUCAGAAUCUCAAAAGCCUCUAAUUGAAGAUGAUAUACAGGGUCUAUUCUGUCAUUGUGAAUAUAGGCUGGCAGAAAGAGGGUAUUUACAAAAUGAAAGACAAAGCCCUGAUUUUGUGCCUCUGCCAGUCUGUAUUAAAGAUUUACAUUGUUUGUCUUGCCAAACUGUAACCAUUGAACACAUUAAGACAGUAGUGAAUAGAGGAAUUGCAAACAGUUAUACUUCUCACAGGUGCUCUUCUGGACUGUUUCCAAACCUUCACUCUACAAAAUCGGCUUUUCAUACUCCUUUUUCAUCAAGAGAAGUAUUCAGUGAUGUUUCAGUCAGUCUUGAAGAUAUUUGUAGAUCUCGAAGUCCCUCACCCCCACCAUUAUCACCUGUACAGACUGAAGGAUUUGAAAAAUUGAAAGAUGUCAUCUCAGAGCUUUCAGCCUUAGAAAAUAACAGACUUGAAACAAACAUUAACCAACCUCCAUUCCUCACACCAGCAGAAAUAAGUAAUGACAAAGAUGAUCAUGAAGGUAAAAUACAUAAAACCAAAAUAUCCAGUAACUCUGAUUCUUUGCUCUUAGAAGGCAGCAAUAAUUGUACUACAAAUUAUGAAAAAGGUGAGACUACUGUAAUUUUUCAAGAUUUAAUGGACCGUAUUAAUGAAAAAUUAAAAUCAAUAGAAACUACGGAUACGACAAACCUUAUAAAAUUGUCUAGCAGUGAUUGUAAUACAGACAAUGAUUUAAAAUUGAGAGAUUUAAUAACCUCCCUCUUGCAUAAUGCAAAGGCCAGUGAUUACAGUUUUAUGGAAUUACUGAGUCAACAUGAUAAAAAGCUAGAAAAUAAAAUUAUUCAGACAAGAUUUCGAAAGCGUCAAGAAACAUUAUUUGCAAUGCACCACUCUCCUGAUUCACCCAUGUUUAGAAGGCAGGCUUUACAGAUAAAAAGAGAACUUGCUAGUCUUGAUGAAAACUUCGUAAGAAAAAAAUGCAGUGAAAAAUUUUCAAGGAAAUUGGUAUGCAAUAAUGUGAUACUUUCAACAGACAAAGAAGAAUUCUAUAAUUGCCAAGGGUCUUCACAAAAUUCUAAAUGCCCUCAAGACAGCAAUCUUGCAGAUAUAUCAUUUUCACCAGAUUAUGCAUUGCAGUCCUUGCAACUACCCUUUCAUAAUUUAGAUACUAACUUGGCUUUUGACACAUUUUCAGAAAACCUCAAAACAACUACCCCUGAGAAAAUGAGCAUAAGAAAUUCACAGGAGAAAUCUGCAGCUGGAAAAAUUUUUUUGCAAAAUCAUGAGAAUUCAAAACAAGAAAAUACUCAAACUCCUUUGAAAUAUGAUGUUUCUGGACUUUUGAACAGAACUAAACGAAAUAUUGUGCCUCCAGGAUGGUAUUCUAUAUAUGUAACAAAUAAUUAUGUUCUCAAAAAAUCCCCUAAGGCCAAAAAGGCUUCUGAAUCUACAAAAAGAAAAGAUCAGGUGAAAAAUAUUCAAACUGAAAGCUCACAUACUAUAGAUCUAAGUAAAAUUGCAAUGAAUUCUAAUUUGCAAGUUAUUGUGGAGCGUUUGGAAGAUACAAUAAAUAUGGCCAAGAAGUCUUGGAAUAAUCAGUCAUUAUUGGAAGGAUAUAAAGCUUCCAAAAAAUUGAAAGAAGUUGAUGGUAAAGAUUCAAAUGCUGGUGGAAAUAUAUCUCUUACUGUAAGUAAAAUGACUUGCAAAGAGCAGAGUUUAUCAAAAUCUGUGGCAGUAUCCAAUAAUAUCCAAAGCAGUCAUAUGCCUCCAAUAGAUUUGAAUAACAAAAGACUUGAUAAUCUGAAAAAGUCAUCUAUCUUAGAUACAGGUAGCUUUAUUUCCUCUGUUGAGAAUAUACCAACAAAAUAUGAAGCCAACAAAAGCUCUUCUUUUUCCAAUUAUUCUAGUCCUAUCAAACUCAUGUUUUUAUCUGAGGUUAAAAGCAGUGAAGGAGUGAAAUAUACUUUAACUUCAGUCAAUAAUUCUGAAUCAAACAUAGAUUUUCCUUCUUCUGAAAAACAUCCAAACCAUCAUAUAAUUGAAAAAAUAACAGAAACGAAUGAGGAGAUUCCAAAUGCUAACUUGGAAAAUGUUAGUUCUAAUCUUAAUGAUAAUGACACCCUUCAUAAAGAACUAGACAAAUUAAAUUGUGGGAAAGAAACAGCAGAAUCUUGUGAAAUGUUAAUCGAUGAUACAAAUAGUGAUAAGCCACAGGAAGAACCUAUGGAAAAUUCAAACAAUGCAAUUGAUUCAUCUUUUAAAAGAAAACCAGGUAGACCUAAAAAAAUAGGUCCUCAGGUUGUGAAACAGAUUAAGCGACCAAUUGGAAGACCACCCAAACCAAAAAUUGAUCAAACGGACAUUACCAUUUCUCAAAAUGAAUCCUUUACUGCUGGAAAGAAAAGCCCAGAAUCUCCCCUAUCGGAAGAAAAGGAAGGUAUUUAUAAAAAGACUAUUACUGUAACUGUUAUUUAUGGGAGGUCAAGAAGAACCAAAAGGCAUGUUUCUGAAGGAAGUGUAAGCAUAAGCAAUGUUACAUCUUUAAACAGUAAGGUUACUGAUUUUCGAACUGAAUGUAAUAGUCUCAGAAAUAUUAGAGAAUUUGAACUUGACUCGAGUGAAAGAAUAAGUGCCAUUUCAAGUUUGACAACUGAAAGUGAGAUCUUGGGCUUUGAAUAUGUUAGACCUAUCAAGAACAAGUCUGUGAUACCUCAACCUUCUAAGAACAUUGUUCGACCAAAUCAGAAGCCUUUGACAAUAGUCAGAAAGCCUGGUAGACCUGCAAAAGUGAAAAUCUCUGGUAUAUCUGUAACUAUUAAUAGAAUUUCACCUCAGGAGAGAGCAGUGAGUAUUAGCAGCUGUUUACCUCCUUUAGAACAAGAGACUAUGUUAGAAAAAAGUUUGCCUGAAGAAAAAUGUGCUUCUCAUUGCAAUAAGAUGGAUACAAAGCACGCUGAGGCUGACAUAUUCAAGAAUGGAUCACAAAGUAUGGUUGCUGCUAUACCUUUGAGACAUUCCAUUAGGGACAGAAAACCAUCUCUGCAUUUCUUACAUUCAUUAGCAUCUUCUAGCUCCCUUAUUUAUAGAAAUACUCUGCUUCAUAAAUCAUACAAACUCCAUUUGCAAAAAGGCAAAAGUCAGAAGGAAAAAAAUAGGCAGUCAAGGUUAAAAAUAGCUCCCAAAGGUACACCAGGAACUAGAAAUUUAAGGAAUGCAAAAAAAUGUUUGGAAGAUAAAUUAAUACCCCUUUCUGAAGUAUCUCUGGACCCUGUAAUUUCAUCAAACCCUUUGCUCAGGUGGUGGGCUGCUUCUGCUUCAAACGAUUCCUUAUUAGAGGCGUUAAACAAUAGAUUUGAGCAAAUUACAAAUGCUUGGGUGCAAGUCAGUGGAGAUGAAGCUGAAAAUUAUGUUCAUACAAAAAGGGAAGACACUAGAAGUAAUUUCAAAAUAGCAAACCCUUUGGAAACCUGUCUUGUAGAUCUUGAAGUUUCACCUGUAAAAAUGCUUUUUCAGAAAAAAUAUGAUUUGAAUGAACUCUGUACCUGGUUUAUGCAAACGACAGAAACACAGUCUCUUUCACUAGUUAGAAAAGCAAAUGCUCGAAACCCUUUGGAAGUAAUAAAUACCAGAGGAAUUAAAUUAGGGACCAAAUACUCUGACUUUAAUACCAGCCCCUUCAGAAAGCACUUUAAAAAAUUUGCACUAUCUUCUCCUUCAAAAUCAGGGAAGUUGCAUAUACUGCAUAAAAUGGUUAGCUCUCCACUCUUAAAUGUGAAAAAUAAUUUAACACUAGGUAGAUUCAAAAGAACUGAGUUUAAGAGAUUGCGACAUGAGAGGUGGAGAAGAGAGGGAAAGCUGCACAACCACGGGAAGGUUAAUUGGAUCUCUAAAAGGAGGAACCUGAGAUUUUUCUGCCAGAACCAAUUUUUAAGUAAGAGUGAGGGAGGACCAAAUGCUGACAUCCCACUCCAAGGAACAAAUUCAGUAGGUAACCAGUUUAUUUUGCCACCUGAGAUCAGGGAUGACUUGUUGCAACAGAGGGUGGCAGUGUCUGACGUUAAAACACAUGCUAGUUUAGAGAAUAAAUUUAAGUCAGAAGCAAAGGAAAAUGGAACCAAUUGCAGCCAAAAAGAUUUUGAAAAGGGGCCAAGACUAGGGAAUGUAUGUCCAAGUAAUUGGAGGUCAAAAACCUUAAAAGACUGUAGAAUAUUUUUGAGAAAGAUCAACUACCUUGAACACAGAAAUACUUUUAAGCUAAAUACAAUCAUUUACUCUCCUGAAUCUGUUAACAGUGGAAGUAAUUGUCAGACUCAUAUGGAAGAAUCAAAGCGCUUUACCUUAAGAUCCCAUUCUGCUAAGCGAAAUUCUUUUAACAAGCAAUCUAAAGAAUUAGAAAAUGCCAUGGCAAAUAGUCCUGCAGCUGAUAAAUUUCCUGGCCAACUUGACAGUAGUAAAGUAAAUAAAUGUGUUAAUUAUGACAAGACUCCUUCUGAUGGUUCUGAAGUUCUUAGCAAAUUGAAGAAAAGAAAAAGACCACCAUGGAAGACCACAGAAAUUCCAACAAAAAGACAUAAACGACAGUCUUGCAACAGUGGACAAAUGGCAAACUAUUAUUCAAAAUCCCAACUAGCAUGCUACAAAUGA